UGUAAACACUCAUUCCUGAUUCUGAAAAGCGAUUUUUUUAUGAGCAGAUUUACAGACUGCAAUCUGUCAGCUUUUAUAACACGCAAUCUAUCUGCCACACAUUCAAGUUGCAUGCUUUACAGCCCCGAAGGACCUUUGGCCCCUCCAAUGUCCCCCAUAACAUUAAUGAACCGCUUAGACCUUCUAGCACAUUCUGUCAGCGGCAGAAAUAGGGACAUAUUGGACAGAAACAACCAAUCGGUUGUUUGAAACCAGGAGGGUUGAGGUUUAUGGGACUUUUCUUCUGAGAUAUUUGGAUUUAACUCAAAGUAGGCAGUAGCUGAUGGAUCUGCUUUAAGUUAAUUGAUAUGGUCAGUAGAUGUCGUCUCUGAUCAAACACAAAGCAGAAACUAGAGCGUUGAAGGUUUUUUUCCUCAGAUCAGGUUGAUGCUGGUUGUUCAUUAACGCGCAGAGACACACCUGAGCGCGCAUUUCCCCUUCAGGUUCCUGUAAAAACACAAAAGCACAAAAAUCUCGCUGCAGUCGGUGUAGGAUGUCUUUUCAGAGACAUCAUGUGAUCUGCGUGCAUGUGGCCGAUGUGGUUGUUGAUCGGACAUCUCUGGUGGAAUUAAUCAGGAGUUAUGGGCUUCAGGAAUGACUGUGGCAUUAAACUGAGCGGAGUCAUUUGAAGGACACUCACUGUGGACGGGAUGUUGGGUUUGUUCUGGUUCUGGUUCGGCUCUGUGCUCUGCGUCUCUGGGUUCGACGUGUUGAGCUGCAGAAACUCCUCCGUCACGUUAAAUGUGGUUCUGCUGGAGGAUGAAGAUUCGCCCUGGAGCCUGAAGUUUGUGAAGGACGUGGUGGAAAUGGCUGUCGAAGUGGAGAAUCAAAAAAACCAGGAUGUAGGCCUAGACUUCCAGAUCAAGGUGCUGUUCAGUGGGUUCAACACGACGCAUUACCGGCGCAGGGGUUGCGGCAGCAGUACGUGCGAGGCUGUGGAGAUCCUCAAAUCACUUUACAACAAGAGUGAACUCGGAUGUGUGAUGUUGGGCCCGUCCUGCACAUAUGCGACGUUUCAACUGGUGGAUCAGGAGGUCGGUCUGACGCUGACUAUCCCCAUCAUCUCGGCUGGGAGUUUCGGUCUUUCCUGCGACUACAAGGAGAAACUGACCCGGCUGCUUCCUCCGGCACGCAAAAUCUCAGAAUUCUUUGUCCACUUCUGGCACGAGCAUUUCAAAAAUGUGAAACCGCAGUGGAAAACAGCGUAUAUCUAUAAAAAACCCAACAACACAGAGGAAUGCUUCUGGUACAUCAAUGCUCUGGAGGCUCCGUCCGCUUUCUUCUCCUCCAACAUAUCCAGAGAGAUGCUGAGGAACCAAGGGGAUCUGAAGAAAGCUCUGGAAGAUAAGAACCGACACAGCAACAUUUUUGUCCUGUGUGGGACUCCAGACGACGUUCUCUCCGCUAAGAAGAACAUCAACAUUCCUCCAAACGUGGUCUUCGUCCUGAUCGACCUGUACAAUGAGGGUUAUCACACCAACGCGUCCAGCUUCGAUCACAUGAGAAACGUGCUGGUGGUCACCAUGCACAGCAACAGGAGCUACUCCAACCACUCGGCCUGGAAGACCAACGGAACGGCGCUGAACGAUUAUGUGGUGGGUUAUCAUGAUGCCGUGGUUCUCUUCGGCAAAACGAUGAGAGACAAUCUGCUGGCGAUGAAGAACCAGCCAUUCAGCGAGAGCGGUGGCAUCAUUGAACAUCUCUUCAGGAACACGACGUUCGAAGGUGUGGGCGGACACUAUGAAUUAGACGCCAGUGGAGACAGAGAUCUCAAUCUGUCUGUGGUUUACACAUCCAGCUCAAACAAAUAUAAGACUCUGUUCGUCUACAGCACGUCUCAGAACGAAACAAAGGUAAAAGACACGAAUCCUGACCUGUAUUGGGACAGAUCGCAGCUGCCCAGCGACAGACCCGAUCAUGGUAUAGAGGUUCAGCACAUCAUCAUGAUCGUCCUCGGGCUCAGUGUGGUGAUGGCCACAGCCGUCGCUUUCAUCUUGUACAGGCAGAACAGACGAGUGCGUUUCGAUCAGAAGAAAUGGUCUCACAUCGCCCCGUCACUCAUCACACCGCUGGACGACAAAGAGAGAAACCACUUCAGUCUGAGAAUCGAUGAGGAUAAGAAGGGCGACAACAGCGUCCAGAUACACAAGGGCCGAUACGACAAGAAGCCCGUCAUUCUGAAGGAGCUGAGAAACACCGACGGAAACUUCUCUGAGGAUCAACGAAUCGAGCUCAACUCUUUGUUGCGUAUCGAUUAUUAUAACCUGACCAAGUUCUACGGGACGGUGAAGUUCGAGUGUGGCGUGUUCGGGGUGUUUGAGUUCUGCGAGAGAGGAUCACUGCGGUCCGUGCUGAACGAUAAGAUCUCAUAUCCCAAUGAGAGUUUUAUGGAUCUGGAGUUCAAGAUCUCCGUCAUGUACGACAUCGCAAAGGGCAUGUCGUACCUGCACUCCAGUAACGUCGGCGUUCACGGCCGGCUGAAAUCCACCAACUGCGUGGUGGACAAUCGCAUGGUGGUGAAGAUCACUGACUUCGGCUGUAACACCAUCCUCACGCCCGGGAAAGACCUGUGGACAGCGCCGGAGCACAUGCGUGUUCAGGGAAUUUCUCAGAAGGGCGACGUCUACAGUUUUGCAAUCAUCUCGCAGGAGAUCAUCCUCAGGAAGAGCACGUUUCACACAAGCUAUUGCUCCGACACGGCAGAGAAAAUCUAUUGCGUUCAGUAUCCACGGGGUCCGAACGUCUUCCGACCGGAUCUGAGUUUUGAGUCCGUUGGAGAAACUGAAGCAGAGCUGUUCGUGUUGAUCAAGAGCUGCUGGGAGGAGGAUCCAGAGAAGCGUCCCGACUUUAAGCGGAUUGAGGGCGCUCUGGGGAAGAUCUUCAGUAACUUUCAUAACCAGGCCAACGCCAGCUACAUGGACAACCUGAUCCGCCGGCUGCAGAUGUACUCCAGGAACCUGGAGCACCUGGUGGAGGAGAGAACGGCUCUGUACAAGGCCGAGAGAGACCGAGCUGAUCAGCUCAACUUCAUGCUGCUGCCGGGGCCGGUGGUGCGUUCGCUGAAGGAGACGGGUCGUGUGGAGCCGGAGCUGUACGACGAGGUCACCAUCUACUUCAGCGACAUUGUGUGCUUCACGACCCUCUGCCAUCACAGCACGCCCAUGGAGGUGGUGGACAUGCUGAACGACAUCUACAAGAACUUCGACAGCAUCCUCGACCACCAUGACGUCUACAAGGUGGAGACCGAUUCGGUGACGCGUACAUGGUGGCAUCCGGUCUGCCGAAACGCAACGGGAACAGACACGCGGUGGACAUCUGUCUUAUGGCUCUGGACAUCCUGGAGUUCAUGGGGACGUUCCAGCUGAGACACCUUGCCGGGAAUCCCACUGUGGAUCCGUAUCGGGAUCCAUUCAGGUCCAUGUGCGGCUGGUGUGGUGGGUAACAAGAUGCCGCGUUACUGUCUGUUUGGGGAUACGGUCAACACAGCGUCACGGAUGGAGUCUACAGGCCUGC